CAACUACAGCCAUGUCUAACGCACUCUCCACCGACGAAAAGGCAGAGAACGAGCGGCCAGUUCCACGGUCUUUGCGUCCAUCUCGGCAUCGCGCCUCUCUUCUUAGCUUUCCAGGCGCUCCACCUCCCAGUGACAAUCGGCCUAGAUCUGUACACAUAUCUGCGGACGAAUACAAAGCCAUUACAGAUCUCGUCGAUUUAGCAAAGUCUUUCCUCGAGAAACAACAACAAAAUGGCGAAGCCUCAUUAUUUUCGACCCAAAGCGACUCUGUGCUAGACGCUCCCAAGCAAGAUGGGCCCCUCGACCCCUUUGGCAACAACUUUGACGCCCGGGAAUGGGCCAAGGCAUUUUAUCGCCUCCGCUCCGACAGCUGCGAAGUGCGCAAGGCCGGCGUCGCCUAUCGCAAGCUCAACGUCUCGGGCUACGGAUCCGACACGGCCUUUCAAACAACGGUGGGCAACGCGUGGUGGCUCAAGGCCACUGGGGCCAUGCGUGGCUUAUUGCGUCUAAAGCGUCAACAGGUGCGCAUCCUGCAUGACCUCGAGGGAGUCGUCAACGAUGGCGAGAUGCUUUGCGUAUUGGGUCCGCCUGGAAGUGGCUGUUCGACCUUUUUGCGUACGAUGGCGGGAGACACGCAAGGCACCCAGGUAGCGGAGGAUUCUCACCUCAACUACCGCGGCGUGAGUGCCGAUGAGAUGAAGCGGUACUUCAAAGGCGACGCCAUUUACACUGCCGAAGAGGACGUUCACUUUCCAGCACUCUCGGUAGCAGACACACUCUUUUUCGCCGCGAGGGCGAGGGCUCCUAGGACUCGGCCCGCUGGGCUUUCUGCAGACGAGUAUGCGACCUGGGUGCGUGACGUGACUAUGGCCAUGCUGGGGAUCCAGCACACGAUGCAGACACCAGUUGGCGGGACAGAUGGCGACACAGUACGCGGCGUAUCUGGUGGCGAGCGCAAGCGUGUGAGCAUUGCUGAAGCGGCGCUGAGUUUCGCGCCGAUCCAGUGCUGGGACAACAGCACGCGCGGGCUCGACAGCGCCGCGACUGUCGACCUUUGCAAAAAUCUGCGCGUCCAGAGCGAUAUCAUGGGCAUGGUGAGCAUGGUAGCCAUUUACCAAGCACCCGAGGAGGCCUACGAGCUAUUUGACAAAGUACUGGUUCUCUACGAAGGACGACAGAUUUACUUUGGGAAGACGACGGAAGCCAAACGCUAUUUCCAGCGGCUGGGCUUCGUUUGUCCUAAGAUCCAGACGACACCGGACUUCCUGACAUCCAUGACCAGCCCAGCCGAGCGCGAGGGCAUCGUCAAGCCCGGCUACGAGCAAAAGGUCCCGCGUACUCCGGACGAGUUCGCCGAGGCGUGGCGGACGAGUAGUCUCCGCCACAAGCUCGGCGAGGAACUAGACUCCUACGACGCAUCCUUUUCCUUGAGCAGCAGUGGCCCGCGCAACUCACGCACACAUUUUGCCGAAUUCCUCGAGAGUAAGAAGAGUGAUCAGUCUUGGAUGCAACGAUGGAAGUCCCCCUACACCCUCUCGUACCCACGCCAGGUCCUCCUAUGUCUAUGGCGCGCACUCGCGCUGCUCAAGGCUUCGCCACAGAUGACGGUGAUGAUGCUCGUUCUUAACCUCUUCCAGACUCUCAUCGUUGCCAGUGUCUUCUUCCGUCUGCCCGACACGGCCGAGUCCAUCAAGUCGCGCAGCACGUUUCUCUUUACCGCUGCUCUGGUUAACGCCUUUGGAUGCGUGCUUGAGGUGCCAGCUUUGUACGCUAAGCGCGCCAUCGUCGAGAAGCAUGUCCGGUACGCCUUAUAUCACGCCUCAGCCGAGGCUGUUGCCGAUCUGGUUAUGAGCUUGCCGUAUAAGCUGCUCAACGCAAUCACGGUCAAUACAAUUUUCUACUGGAUGUGUAACAUGCGCAACGAAGCCGGGUCCUUUGUGUUCUUCGUGCUGGUCCAGUUCGCUAUGACCCUGGCCGUGAGCUUACUUUUCCGACUAGUUGCUUCCGUCACAAAGAGCCAUACGGCGGCCCAGGCACCUUCAACCAUCGUGUUGCUCACGCUGGCGCUCUACACCGGGUUCGCUGUCCCACCCGCGUACAUCAAGCCAUACGCCAAAUGGAUCGCCACGCUCAGCCCUGUGUCUUACGGGUUCGAGGCUCUAAUGAUCAAUGAACUCGGCGACGGGCGCAAGUUUCCUUGCAAGACCUUUGUCCCAUUUGGUCCGAACUACGAAAUGGACGCCGCGAGUAUGACCAUGAUGGCUCGGACGCGCGUGUGUGCCGCGCAGGGAGGCGUGCCGGGCGAGACAUUCAUCAACGGAAGCAAGUACAUCACCGGCGCAUUUCGGUAUAUGGACAGCCAUCGAUGGCGGAACGUCGGUAUUGUCUUUGCAUUUGCAGUCGCCUAUCUUGUUCUGCAUCUCAUUGCCACAGAGAUGGUGAGUAGCGCGAAGAGUAAAGGGGAGAUGCUUGUCUUCCCUAGGGGCAAAGUCCCGACAAGGCGGACGGGAGAGCCAACUAGAGACGUGGAGGACCAAAUCACCAAGGGGAAGACAGAAGCCCCCAGCGGCCAUGACGCUGACGACAAUGCCGACUUGACCAUUGACCGUCAGACGGCCAUAUUCCACUGGAGCAAUGUCUGCUACGAAGUCAAGCUCAAGAAGAAGGAGACGAAACGCAUUUUGGAUGGCGUAGACGGAUGGUGCAAGCCGGGAACGCUCACUGCCCUCAUGGGCGUUUCUGGCGCCGGCAAGACUACUCUCCUCGAUGCCCUCGCCUCGCGUCUGUCUGUCGGUGUGGUUACGGGCGAGAUGCUCGUUGAUGGUGCUCCGCGCGACGCCUCCUUCCAGCAGAAGACGGGUUACGUCAAGCAGCAGGACCAACACCUUCUCACGUCAACGGUACGUGAGGCACUCACUUUCAGCGCCAUUCUCCGCCAACCGGCCCGGUUUUCCCAGAAGCAGAAGAUUGCAUACGUCGACAAGGUGAUUGAGAUCCUGGGUAUGGAAGAGUAUGCGGAUGCCGUCGUCGGCGUCCCCGGAGAGGGUCUCAAUGUUGAGCAGCGCAAGAAGCUUACCAUCGGUGUUGAACUGGCUGCUCGUCCUGCACUUCUGUUGUUUUUGGACGAGCCUACCUCGGGCUUGGAUUCUCAGACAAGCUUAUCGAUCUGCACUUUGCUUGAGACGUUGAGACAAAACGGGCAGGCUAUCUUGUGCACAAUUCACCAGCCUUCAGCGACUCUCUUUGAGAGGUUCGACAGACUUCUUCUCCUUGCUCGAGGCGGAAGGACUGUCUACUUUGGCCAGAUUGGGCGCAACGCCAAGGUCCUGGUCGACUACUUUAUCCGCAAUGGCGGACCGCGACCCAAGAAGGGGAAGAAUCCGGCCGAGUACAUCCUUGAACAAGUCAAGGCUAGCGGAAGCGGGAAAAGCGACGUGGACUGGCCCGAAGUAUGGCGACAAAGCACCGAGUAUGAAGAGGUCAAGGCUCAUCUGGCAAAACUCAAAGAAACAAAACACCAAGGCGCAGCACAACAACAGCAGCCACAGAACGAUCCCCCUUUCGCCGCUCCUGUAAUCACUCAGUUCUCCGAGGUGACCAGGCGAUUGGCAAAGCACUACUGGCGCACCCCAAGUUACGUCUACGCAAAAUUGCUCUUGACCUUUGGCUCGGCUCUCUUCAUCGGCCUCUCGCUGCUCAACUUACCCAACACGCAGACAGGCAUCACGAUCCAGACCAUCGCCAUCUUCAUGUUCCUCACAACGCACCUCAACCUGACACAACAGAUUGUCCCCACAUUCGUGUCCCAGCGCACACUCUAUGAAGGACGUGAGCAGCCCUCGCGCACAUACUCGUGGGCCGCUUUCAUGGGCGCUCAAAUGGUUGUAGAGAUGGCCUAUAACGCGCUCAUGGCCCCGCCAGCGUUUGUAGCAUGGUACUAUCUGGUCGGGCUCCAACGCAACGCAGCAGAGACAAACGAAACCGCAGCUCGUGGUGGGCUUGCGGUCUUGUUCAUGCUCGUCUUUUUCCUGCAAGCUAGUACCUUUGCGUACAUGAUUGGGGCGGCCUUCGACCUCGCCGACCAGGCCGCAGGCGUCGGCAAUCUUUUGUUUGUUAUGAUGUUCAUCUUCAACGGUAUCCUCGGGACGCCACCCAAGUUCUGGGUAUGGGUGUACCGCGUCAACCCCUUCACCUAUCUCGUCGAGGGAUUACUGGGUACCGGUCUUGCGAACGCCAAGAUCCAAUGUGCCGAUAACGAGUUCCUGCUCGUGAAUCCGCCUCUUGGACAGACGUGCGGCGAGUACUUGCAGCCCUUCAUUGCCCAGGCGGGCGGAUACCUCGCUGAUCUCACUGUCUUGGACAACUGCAAGUAUUGCACGACAAACAAUACGAAUCAGGUCCUGGCAGGGGUACAUGUCGAGUUCAGCAACCGCUGGCGCGACUUGGGCAUCUUGUUCGCGUACGUCUUCUUCAAUGCUAUUGCUGCUUUCGGGUUGUAUUACAUCCGUGUGCCCAAGCCAAAGAAAGAUAAUGGCAAUGCAUCACCAUCAACAUCGCCAUCUCCCCAAGAUGAACCUCCGCCCAAGUUUCCUAUGGAAGAGUCGGAGAAGCAAGCGGAAAGGUCCUCUCAGACCACGCGAGCUGGCAAGGUUCUUGGAUCACUUCGGUCGUCCAUUCACGGCGGCUUACAGGGGCUUGGGGGUGGUGGAAAGAAGUACUGGGAUGAUGACUUGGAGAAUGCCGACGAUGCUCAAAUAAUUGGCAAGGAAGCAGAGUUGGGGUAUUUGAGUGAGGGCGAAGAGGGGAACCGGGAUGUUGAUAUUCGCGAUUUCUCCAUGCAAAGGUCGCCUGUGACUCCUCAAUAUUGGAUUUGA